AUGUCAAAGCAAAGAGCCAUCCUCGUCGUCGGCGGAGGCCAAGGCAUCGGUCUAGAAACGACCCGCUAUCUCCUCUCCCACGCGCCCGAGACUGUCAAAGUGAUCGUGUUCGGCUUACAUGUCGACGAAGAGCUGUUGCGUUGGCAGAAGGGUGGCAGCAACAAGCAGCAGCAGCACCAGCCGAGGAUUCACCCUCAAUCUCAAUCCAGCAGACUUCACAUCUUGCAAGGAGACGUCACCAAUCCCGUGGACAGACAGAAGGCGAUCCAGACGUGUCUGGAUGUCGCGGGGGUGAUUGAUACGUUGGUGUAUUGCGCCGGACUGAUGACGCCGAUCCAGAGGGUUGAGAAGAUGGAUCUGAAGGCGGUCGAAGGGGCGUUCCAGGUCAAUGUCUUUGGAGUCAUGGCUAUGUGCCAGCUUACUCUCCCACAUCUUCGCCAGUCCCCCAAUCCUCGCAUCGUCAUCCUCUCUUCUGCAUGCGACACCAACGUCACCUACCACGGCUGGACGUCGUACUGUACCUCCAAAGCGGCACUGUCGCGGUUCAUUGGGAUCCUGGCCCUGGAGAAUCCAAGUAUCCGCGUGCAGGGAGUAUAUCCUCGACUCACCGACACGCAGAUGCCCGCGGAGGUCAUCCGGGGCCGGUAUGACGGCAUCAUGACGCCGGACGAGGUAGCGUUGUUCCAGGCCCGUGCGAAAGACGGGGUCACGCUUGAGCCGGCGGCGUGGUGUGCCGAGGCGGUGGCGAGGUUGGCGGUGGGGUUUGCUCAGGGAGGAGAGUCGGGGCGGGUCAUGUACUAUGACCAACAUGUUCCUGAGAUGUUGAAGAGAAAGGAGGAGUCAAAGAGAAAGAGAGAUGCCAAACUGUGA